AUGGAAAAUAUAGAUAAAUACAUUUCAACGGAACAUACUCAUAUAUCAUUACAAUCAAGGAAACCACACUUCAGUUUUACGGUAAAUAUGUCCAUAUUACAAGCAUUGAGAAACAUUCCGUUACACGCAUCGACCACGGCACUAAUUGAGAAACGUAUCUUAUUAAAUCAACAUGCUACCGAAAAUGAAAAACUUCGAUUACAUGAAUUAGUCAAACGUUUUACCAUUGCAAGAAAGACUACUCAGAAGAACAAAGCCGCCGAGGAACUAAUAUAUAUGACAUACUUCCAUUGGACGAACACUGUUCCCGCUUACUUGAAAGUAUUUGAGACACGAUACGAUGAUUUACUUAACUAUUGGCCUAUCGAUAAAGAUUCAGAACAUUUAAAAGAUAAGAAAGUUCCAAUUUUAAGAGACCUAUGGUUAAGAAAUGACAGCCAGGCAAUCCAAUUGACGUUAGACCAUAUGUCUAAGCAGGAUCCAAAUUGUCCCAUAGAUAUGUUUAAACCAAUAUUCGAACAAUUUCAAUUUUUAAUGAGUGAGCCUCAAUUACAACGUCGGAAACUAGGUAAAACGGCUAGAGUACCGGCAUUACUAUUACCUAUGAAUGUAUUAGGUAAAGAUAUUCCAUCCUGUCGUGCAAAUAAUUUAUUAAAAGAACAAAUCAAUGAUGUCAAAACGAUUCUAACCAUCGAUAACCCAAUACUGGCACCAGACGUAGCCCAAGACUUACUCAAUUUGUCUAACAACUACGACCACACAAUGAAUAGAAAAAUUAGCAGACGGUACCGCUUAGUGUCGAAGUAUGGUUACUCAUGGAUCAAACCUUGCAAUGGUGAUAAACCGAAGUUAGCCUCCCUUUGUGGAUCGGAGUUCACAUCCUAUUUGGAACAACCAGAAUUUGAACAGAUCACGUGA